UUUUUUUAUUGCCAGGUUUAAAUCUGUUUAGUUCCAAAAACAUUAAUCUCUACUCUUUUGUGUUCAGCUGUAAGCAGCACUAUUAUUUGUUUUCAUGUUGGCAGCAGUGUUUCCUGACAGAAGCUGUCACUGUCACAAUUUCUGUCAUGGUGGUACUGAUUGCCAGCGCAUGUUCAUUCGUUCGUUCGUAGUUCAUGCCAGUGUAUGGCAGUCCCGUCUCUUAACGUAGUUUAUUUGCUCAGUGAUGUUAUGUUACUUCAAACAAGUUAUUGGAUGCCGUCUGAAAUGGAUAAAAAGAUCCAAGAUGCAUCUGCAGUAGCUGUGAUAACUGACGGAUGGACAAAUAUAAAUGGAAAAGGUAUGUAAUUUAUUACUAUUCGUUGUUCAGGGAAGCGAUAGAAUCUUUGCAAACAAAAAAUAUGUUAUUCAAAAGUUACACUUUUAGUGAAUCUGAAUACAUGAAAAGUAUGUAUAAAGUAAAAAUUAUUAUUAUAAAAAUAAAAAAGUAUAAAAAAACAAAUAUUCCGUAUUAUGUUUUUUAUACUACGUAGACGUAUGGGUUUCCAUUCCAUCUUACGUAUACCGGUCUAAGAGAAGAAAAUACUUCCGUCGGUCCAUGUGCCAAACAGCCUGUAUAUUUUACUAAUGUUGUUGUUCAUUCUUUCCAGUUUAAUAAAACUACAUUAUUUCUACUCCUGAACCUUAUUUUACCUUAUUUUACAAAGCCGUUUACCCAGAACUUCAAAGAGAAACAGCCGAUUAUUUAGGAAGUGAAAUGAGUAAAGUUAUUGAAGAAAUUGGACCAAGCAAAGUUGUCGCUGUUGUAACAGAUAACGCUCAAAAUAUGAAGGCAGCGUGGAGGAGAGUAUCUACAAAAUAUCCUCACAUCUCAUGCUAUGGGUGUGUUACGCAUGCUUUAAACUUAAUAUACGCUGAUAUUUUUAAAAUUCCAACUGUAACAUAUAUUAAUAGUUCGGUGACAAAUGUAAUUAAAUAUAUAAAAAAUAAGCAUAUAGUCUUGGCCUACUUUGAAAACACGCAAAACAACUUAUACGGUCAAAUGAAACAAACACUGAAGUUGCCGAGCAAAACGAGAUGGAAUGGCAUGGUAAUUUCACUUGAAAGCUAUCUUUCAAAUAAAGAAUUGUUGAAAGCUCUGGCAAUUAAUGAUAAUGUUACGAUUGAAAGGUCUAUAAUAACCACCUUACUGGACGAUGAAAUGUGGUUAAAAGUGGAAGAACUUUUAAAAGUACUUAGGCCCAUAGCAAAAUCCGUAACAGUAUCCGAAUCAGAUAAUGCCAGAGUUUCAGAUGUACCUAAUACGUUUUUAAGGCUUUCUGCUCAAACAAAUGAUAGUUUGAAUUCAUGUACAAUUUUAUCUGAUGAAGAAAAGAACACCAUCGUAGAAGCUGUAGCAAAAAGGCGUGAUUUCUGCAUACAGCCUAUACAUCUAGAUGCAAACCUAUUAGAUCCAAGAUACCGAGGUUCCGGACUCUCAGGUGAUGACAUGGCAACGGCAUCCAAUUUUAUUGACCAUGCAAAUUUUCUCGACAAAGAUGUUGGAGUGUUUAUAGCUUGUAGGCGACGCACUACAUAACAAAUAACUAUUGUUCUAAACUAUUUGUACCUAUAAUUUUUAUCUACUUACUUGCAUUGAAAAUGCCCUAUUUAGGUACCUACGUGUACCUAUGUAAUUGUUUUGAUUUAAUAUCUUAAAUAAAUACGAGCGCACUCGAGAUCGUAUUUUGUUCCAAAUUUAAAUUAGCCGCGCUUUUGCAAAGCGGCCAUCUUGAGAACCCCGCGAGCGGGAAGUACUUCCGCCCUGUUCAAGUUGAUGUCGCGCGCGCUCCGUUUGCACUCUCUCAAAAAAAUAUCGUCUUUUAUUGCUUUCCCCGUCCAUCACCUACAAAAAAGUGCUGAUCCUUCGAACCAAAUCACUGAACCGGGACAAUGUUUACAACUCCACCGAACGAUGGACUCGUUAAGCAAAAAGAUCGCGAGAAGUUGAGUGCUCGUUUAAAAAUGGCAUCUAGCCAUGUGCUCGCGGAACAUUCAAACGUCGCGAAACAGCAAAGUGCCGUGCAACCGUCGUGUUCUAAAGUGCCUACCGAAUAUAAAUCAGUGGUAAAAACUGAAGCAUCUCGUGCCCCACGCUCGGUUUCAUUAUCUUCCUCUUCAUCGUCACUCGUGCGGCGCAAGCACCUCGAGCUGGCAGCGGCAGAGGCCAAAGCGAAGAUCCAGAUGGAGCUGAUCGACAAAAAACUGGCAUACGACUUGGCUAUCGACAUGGAAGGCGAACAACAUGACAACGUAUCGCGUCACUCAAGGAAGAGUAUAAUACUACAACACAAUGAACAAGUCAUUGUGAACGAAUGGAUGGAGCGAAGUAAUGUCCAGCCGUCACCAUUUCCCGCCAUGGCGGCGACGGCUACAGAUGCGGCGGCCACGGAGGCAGCGCGGGCACCCCAGGAUCCCCAGGUCCGCGCUCCUGCCCCGGGCACUCCGGCCGACAGCAUCAUACAACUCGCACACACGCUCAAGGACAUGAUGGUCACGUCCUCCACCCACCAGGAGGAGCGUCUACUCACGCGCCUAUCUACCCCGCGUGAACUACCUACAUUCAGUGGAGAUUGCAUGCAGUGGUUACACUUCAAAAGUGCUUACGAUGAAUCUACUCGCGUGUGCCACUUUAGUGACCCUGAAAACCUAUGGAGACUUCGUCGGGCCCUCAAGGUAAGGCCAUGGUGGCAGUGACGGACCUGCUGAUCCGAAACACCGCGCCGGCGCUCGUCAUGGACGCCCUGGAGUUGAGGUUUGGCCACUCAGAUUUAGUCGUACAACAUCUUACUGCACAAAUGAGAAAAUUAUCUCCACUUACCACUAAUUACCAGAAUGAUAUAAUCACCUUUUCGAUGAAAGUGAACAAUUGUGUCGCAGCCUUGCUCUCGCUAAACCAUCAUGAUCACUUGCGAAGCCCAGAGCUGGCGGCUGCGAUAAUUUCUAAGCUGCCAAGCAUAUUAGUCAGUAGAUGGACAGACUACGCAUACAGGAAGCUGGCAUCCAAUACACCUAAAAUACAACUGAUCGCUGCCUUUUUGAAAAGAGAGGCUGAAAUGGUAUCCGUCGUCGGGGUCACUAACCUGCGAGACGCCCGAGGAGAGAGAAAACACGAGCCCGCACCGCAGCCUCGGCGCAACGAUGAAAGUCACCGCCCUUCUAAUACCUACAAUAACUAUAAUCGUAGUGUGUUAGCAACGGCUGCAAAUAACAUGUGUCCAUUUUGUAAAAAAUCAUCAGAACACUCAUUAACUGAUUGCCGAUCAUUUAAGAGGGCCAUGAGAAAAGACCGAUGGCGAUUUGUCAAGACUAAAGGCCUAUGCUAAUGUUGCUUAGAACGACACGAGCGGAACGCAUGUACUGCGCCCGUAUGUGACAUUGACGGCUGUGGUCUGGCGCAUCAUUACCUACUUCACUACAAAAAACCUAACGUACCACCACUGCAAACAUCAGAAGAGGAGCCUUCACCAGAGGAUGGAGCGGAUUCCCGCAGCGAGACCGUAGCGCACGCGCUGGCCCGCGCCGCGCCCCCCGCGCUGGCUGGCAGCGCGCCCCCCGUGCCCGCCGGCAGCGCCCCCCUCGCGCUGCCGGACGCCGCGGCCGCCGCGCCCGCCGCCGACGCCGAGACCCCCCUCGCGGCGCGGCCGGCCGCGGCUCGCCGUUCGUCCGCGCCCCCGUGCGCCCCAGUGCCGCGUAGUGAAGUGUUAUUAAAAGUGGUAAAAGUCAAUCUCAGUGGUCCUAAUGGUGUCGUUACCACUCACGCGUUAUUAGACGAUGGUGCUUCAAUUUCUAUGAUAGAUAAAAGUCUAGUACAGGAGUUAGGUAUUUCCACUUCGCAAUCUAUUCCUAUAAAAUUUAUUGAUGCCUUCGGUAUUGAGGUUUUUCAAUCAGAUGCUCCUAAAGUAUCUACAAAGAUUUGUGGCUUUAAUGAGAAAAAUAUGUAUGAUGUAACAUUACGACAGGUCGAUAAAUUAAAAUUACCAAAACAAAAUCUGUCAGCUGUAAAUGACUUACAAUGUAAACACUUAUUGCAUUUAAAAGAUGUAGUAUGUAGAAGUUGUGUAGUGCCUCGCCUAUUGAUAGGAGAAGAUAAUUAUUAUCUGUUAGCCCCAUUAGAGAUUCUGCAUGGCAACAGAUCCGAGCCUUAUGCUACGAGGUGUCGCUUAGGAUGGUCAGUUCAUGGCUGCUGCGGUCUCACUCACUCUCCCGUGAACGGACACACUUUUCAUCUCGCUCACUCACACGAACAGGUACCUACAUCCAUCAAUGAAUUAAAUGAUUUAGUUAAGCAAUCGUUUGAACUAGAUUCCAUUGGAGUUUCAACCUUACGACGCGAGAAUACGGCCCACCUACGAGCUGUACGGAUUCUGGAUGAGACAGCGCGUCACGUAGGUAAUCAAUGGGAGGUUGGUCUGCCCUUCGUCAAGGACGAGUUUACCAUGCCGGAAACAUAUGACUACGCACGUACCAGGUUACAAGGUAUAGUAAAAAAGUUUCAGAAUGACGGUGACUAUGCGGAGAGAUACCGAAAGGAAAUGCAGAAACUCUUCGAUAACGGCUACGCGCGGGAACUAGAUGUCAAUGAACCCCCGGCGAGUCACAUUUGGUACCUGUCACACUUUGGAGUUCAAAACCCAAAUAAACCUGGUAAUAAACUAAGGUUAGUAUUUGAUUGCGCGGGAAAAGUGAAAGGGUUGUGCCUUAAUGACUAUUUACUUACUGGCCCAGACUUGUAUAAUUCACUUUUAGGAAUUAUGUUAAGAUUUCGUGAGCAUAAAAUAGUCAUCAUAGCCGACAUAAAAGAUUUUUUCGUUCAAAUUAGGAUUCGGCCUGAAGACCAACAUGUUUUUCGCUUUCUAUGGCAGGAAAACACAAACCUACCUAUUAAAACUUGUGUAAUGCAAAGUCUAUUGUUUGGCGCAACCUGUUCACCUUUCAUUGCGCAAUACAUUAAAAAUAAAAAUGCGCUUAAAUAUCAAGAUUUGCAUCCCGAAGCUGUCGACGUAAUCAUUAAUAGUCAUUACAUGGAUGACUGUUUACAUUCGUGUGCCGACGAGAGCCAGGCCAUUGAACUCGUGCGAGACAUAACAGCUAUUCACAAAUCAGGUGGGUUCGAGAUAACGCGGUGGUCGAGUAACAACAAACAGGUGUUGCAGUCUAUCCCCGCUGCAGCGCUGGCGCCGACUGCUAUGGAGUUCAAACAUGGAGCUACGAAUACAACUGAGCGCACUCUCGGAUUGAUGUGGCAUCCGAAUGACGAUACAUUUGGAUUCAAGGUUGAUUACGAUCGUAUUUCGCCACGCAUUUUAGAUGGUUCUGUGCCACCUACAAAAGCACAAAUGCUGAGUAUCAUAAUGUCAGUAUACGAUUUACACGGUUUUCUGUCACCUUUUAUUAUAAAAGGUAGAAUAAUAUUUCAAAAUGUACAUCGAAGCGGUGUUAGUUGGGAUUGCCACAUCCAAACCGAGGAGCAUCGUAAGUUUUUAGAUUGGCUGAGCGAUUUAAGGCUUGCGGGGACUUCGCGUUCCAAGGUUUGUUUUGAAUGCGUCGAGUGUUACUCGGACGCGCAAUGGAUGACGCAUUCAUUAGAUAAUAUUGAGUGCCCUAUUGUUGAUACACAAAUGCAUGUUUUUUGUGACGCGUCUUCAAAAGCUUACUCGGCCGUGAUUUACUGGCGGUUUACACGGUCAGAUGGACGUGUAAUGGUGAGUUUUGAAGCUAGUAAGAGUAGGGUGAGUCCUUUGCGUCCCGUUUCUAUUCCUAGGCUGGAACUACAGGGUGCACUGUUGGGGGCGCGGCUCGCGACGACUGUGCAACGCGAGCACAAACACAUUCAGCCUACAAAGAGGUAUUUUUGGACGGACUCCAGCACUGUGUUACAGUGGCUGCGUAGCGACCCACGGGAUUAUAAACCUUAUGUGGCUCAUCGCUUAGGCGAAAUUGACGAGUUGUCAAAGUCAUGCGAGUGGCGUUACGUACCUACUGGCCUUAACGUGGCGGACAUAGCCACGCGCGAUAAUGCCCCUCCGCUAGUUUACUCUAGUGACUGGUUUCAAGGUCCCUCAUUUCUUCGCCGUGCUGAGGAUCACUGGCCCAAGGACCUGAAGCGUACUCAACCACUGGAAGAAGCCCAGUGCGAGGUGAGGACUGUACAUGUGGUGGUCGCACACAGUUCAGAAUUAUCUUUGAUACCUAACGAAGAUAAUAUCUCGAACUGGAUCGCCCUCGUGCGUGCCACGGCCAGGGUAUUGCUAUUCAUUAGAAGACUGAAGCGUAAACAAUGCUCAUUGGACACUCUUCUAAUGAAGGAGGCAGAAGACCUUACUCACUUACUCCGCUGGCUCAGCGACCCGAAGUGGAUCUUGGCCUCCGACAUUAAAGUGCGCCAAUCUUCUCUAUUCUGUGCCAAUUCUGACCAGUCGGACACUUUCAGCUCUUUCAGGUCUUUGGCGACUUCGUCCUUCCAGCGGUAUCUCGGCCGCCCCACCGGGCGACGCCCAGAAGGUUGACCAAGAUAUGCUUUUCUUACGGCUCGAUCCUCUCCCAUCCUCUCCACAUGUCCUAGCCAGCGGAGUCGGGAAGAUUUUAUUUCUCCGAUGAUGUUGGGCUCGGACACUAUAUUUUCAAUCUCCCGAUUGUACCUCUGCCUCCAUUCCCCAUCUUCUCCUAUUGUCGGCCCCAGAAUCUUCCGCAAUAUCUUCCGUUCCGCCACUAGAAGCUUAUUUUCCUCCUUUAAAGUUAGCGUCCAAGUUUCACACCCAUACAUUAAAAUCGGCCUGAUGACAGUUUUGUAGAUCCGGAUUUUAGUGCUUCUGCUUAACAACUUGGACACUAACACCUUGUGAAGGGCUGCGGUACAUCUUAGGGCAUUAACUACACGGAUGUCGAUUUCAUCCUCCCUCCGGUUUGUGUCUGUAAUUGUGCACCCGAGAUAUUUGAACUUGUCGACACCCCUGUAAGUUAUACCAUUCACGUGAAGGUCUUUUCGCUUUGUUGAGCGGUCUUUAUAUCGUUUCAUGUGAAGGUAUUCGGUUUUCUCGUGGCUGAUUCUGAGACCCACACCUUUCCCCUCUUCCUCCAGUUUCUCCGUCAUUUUGACCACUUCUCGUUCACUUUGCCCAAGGAUCGCAAGGUCAUCGGCAUACCCUACAAUUUUGUGC